AGCAGAAGAAGCGCGCGACGGCUGACCGCCCAGGCAGUCAGCUCCGGAUCGCAGGAGGGGAGCCCGGCCCGAGGGGUCUGCGGGCCGGGCGGGGUGGGACGUGUGCAGCCAGGGCAGAUCGGGGGCUUCGUGAACCCCUGGCCCACAGCCGCCCGCGAUGAGCGAGGCCAGUCGGGUGUGCUCCGGCUACUACAGCCUCAACCACAGCUUCGUAGAGCCCUUCCACUGCCCCCGGCGCGGCGAGGGGGCCACCCUCCUCUACUGCUGCGGCUUCGCCGACCUCAAGUACUGCUGCAGCGAGCCGGGCAGCUACUUCCCCUACAAGCACAGCUACAUGUGGAGCCUCAGCAUUGGUGCCCUGAUCGGAUUGGGAAUUGCUGCCCUUGUUUUACUUGCCUUUGUCAUCAGCGUCUGUGUUCUUUGCUACUUAUUUCUGUAUACAAAGCCUCAAAGAUUAGACACUGGCCUUAAACUUCAACACCUAGAGGCUGUUUCCACUCAAGAAGGCGACUCAAAUACAAAAAGCAAAGUCCCCCGUUCAAAUGCAGCAUCAAAUUCAACAAAUGAAACGUUCUAUGAGGCUGAUGAUAUAAUUCAAGAAAAAACAAUGGAUACGACACAAAUCAACACUGCUUGUUGUUAAAAAUCCUGUGUUGUAAAAGCUCACUGGAGAGAUGGAGCAAAAAAAAAAGAGUGCACUUCAAA